UGUCUUGUUGACAAGGAAGCUUCAACUUGUUCCUGCAGAUCACUCCGAUUGUAAAUAUUAUGCUUUUGCAGACUAGUGUAUUUAGGUACCUUUUGUGAAGAACCAUGGAUAGUUCAACCAAAGAUGGAAGUGAUUCUGACUGGGACAGCACUCUGGAUUUCACCUCCCCUCGACAAGUUGGGAUAGGACAGUUGAGGCCAAACAUGCAGGCAGAGGAGAUAGAAGAGGAGUCAGCACUGUCUGGGGAGAGUGACAACGAUGAACAAGAGCUCCCAAAUGAUCAGGUGAUCAGAAAUGUUUUGAAACCUCCGGAAGAAAGACCUAGAGCACCAACACCUACACAAAAGGAAAACAAUAUCAUUCUUGCACAGAAACAGCAAAACAUACAACAACAUAUACAACCUGCAAAUCAACCUCAGCACAAGAAACGUCCAGAUUCAGCAAAUGCUCCCUUUAACUUCAGAGAUGCCAUUCAAGAUAGAACUACCCCCGAGCCAGCAUUACGAGGCCCGCCAGGCAAGGACAGGAAGGGAACAGCAUACGACCCAGCCCCAAGCCCAACCCCCAGGAGUGGCAUUGUCCCUCAGGGCAGCAUUAGAAGUGUGGGUUCAUGGGAUGAGUCAGAUCCAGAUGAAAGGAUCUUGAAAGAAAUCAGAUCAAAAUACCAGCAAGAAAAACUUAAAGAGGAGCAGAUGAAAGCAAAAGAAGAAGUGUCAUUGGUGGAGGAGCCAGAUACUGCACGGUCUGAGGGUACGUGGAUGAGCUGGAAAAAAGGCAAGAAGCGCAAGCUCAAGACUGACAAGGGGUCAGUGCCAGCAACACCUAGAAGCCAGGCUCCCCCCGACAGUGCAAGGUCACAAUAUCAAGGUCAAACAACAAGGUCAUCAUUUGGGAAAGGUCAGAUUGAGAGUGCACAUCCUUUACAAGGUCAAGUUUCCAAGGUCCAGAUGCCUCAGGUUAUAAGACAACAGGCUGCUCCAGUGUCAACCCCAGCUAAUGUUGUCAGGAGAAAUGAAGUGGUAUCACCUUCUGUCAUUCAAGUUAUUGAACCAAGAUUUUCAAAGUCUCCCCGUGCAAUGGCGGAGUAUACCAAUGUAGAGCUAGGAGCGGAGUCCCUGGAUGCCUCGCAACUGGGCGACCCAGAGAAAUUGUUUGUCAGGGACGAGGACACCGGCAGGUACUUGUACUACUUUGGUCAUGGCAACCUACGUUACUAUGAGGUGACGGAAGAUUAUGAGGAGGCCAGGUUGCCACAAGUUGCUGACAAGGUAGAUAAGAUAAUGCAGCGUGUAUGGCAGGAGAUGUUUGCGGUGCUGCGGAUCCUGCUCAGUGUUGUCAUCUGGUUCACUGUGGAGCUUGCAAGGUUCCUCGCCAGGCACAUCUUCCAGCCAAUCAUCAUCGGUGUGUUUGUUACUCUUGGGGACUUUUUGAUGAAGCCAUUCUUGUCUGCAGUGUUUAACGGUUUUGUGCAGCCAUUAAGUAUAUUCUUCUGGAAUGUUUUCACAGGAAUGAGACACAUGUUCAAUCCCAUUGGUGAGAUUUUGAGGAAGGUGUUUGAACAGUUGGCCAUGCUUUUUAGUUCAAUUCGACUGUUUGAAAUAACAUGGGUUUCAGACAAAAAUAGUGCGCUAGCCCACCAACAAGGAGUGCAGAAUGUGUGAAGAAAUGAUAUCGGAAUAUUCAAAAUUUGCAGCAGUAUCUUUAUUUAAAUGAUUUUUCUUUAAAUGUGUCAAAAUAUUGAAGCAUCAUCUUUUUUCUCAUAGUAUGUUGUGUUAUGUGCAAUGUUCAAAAACAUCAAAUACAUGCAUAAAUGUACAUAGAAAUAUUUAAUAUAUGUAGGCAGUUAACCCAUCCUGUAAAUAUCAAGACAUCUACAUAUAUGAACAUUUUUAAUUGUAAGCAAUAACAUAAGUUUUCCAUUAUAUAUGCAGAGUUAUUGAAUUUCAUAUACGUUGUAUACAUUCAAGACUGUGAUAAAUACUGGUAUAGUGAUAUUUGUAUUAUUGAUUUAUGAGUGAAGUUCAGUUAGUGUAUUACAUGUAGUUAAUUUUGGAUAUUAUAAAGGUUGUUAUGCUUCUAAAUGAUAACCAUGUUCAAAAAGGUAUAUUUGUAAGAUUUACAUGAAUUACUGUUAUAAAUAUUAUAUUACACAUCAUUAAAUUGAGUUGUGUUCCAGAGUAAUGUUCCAUUCAUUUUAAGUCUCCUUAUAUAAAUAUGUUAACAAUAAUCUUUUAAAAACUGCAUUUACUUUUAUUUCUGUUAAUGUUUUGUUUGAUAGAUAUUUCUGGGUUGCAGCAUUUCUCUUUUAUGGAUAUUGGUAUCCAUGGUUUUGAGUCUGUUCCUUUUUGUAGCAUUUUGUCAACAUAUGAACUCUGCCUUUUCUGCCUCAUUUUAUCUGUUUCUACAUAUAUUAAUGCAAUAACUGUCUUUUGCAAUCAAUAUUAGCUCAAGCUUUGUGGUCUUAAACCCUUUAAUGUAUAAUGUGUUCCUGUCUUGUACGUUUUAUUCUCCCCAUGUUAGUGAUUAUCUUUACCUUGUUUGGUGCAAUACCGUUUUGUUGUGUACUGUUGGUGUUCUUAUUUCCGUCCAUAUGUCACUGGUGUCUUUAAUUUUACCUCCAUUUCGUUUUUGUUAUGUUGCAUGCACAUUUUAUAAAAAGUUAUUUGCAUCUAAAUUUAUAUCGCAAUGUAUGUAAUUUUACUUUGGACAUGAUUCAUGAUUAUCAUUUAUGAAUUUUUAAUUUGUAUGCAAUUAUUCACUGUGUCAAGCUCUUGUUUUUCUUUACAUCAAAAUGUACAUAUCCAAUAAUCUACUAUAUUAUUGCUUAAAUGUAUUUUUAACAGUGAAUCAGUUUCAAUGGAAGAAAAUAUACUCCCAAUAAAACUAAGAAUAAAAGAAAUAAGAAACUUCACUAUGAUGUUUAUAUAUUUGCAAUUUUAAUUCGUCGUCAAACAUAGA